AUGAGUGUCUUGGAGACGGCGACGGCACCAGCUGGGGCCGCCACGACAGGCCAGGCAAACAAGAAGAAGAGUAUAAUGCUCAAGGUGAACGGGAGGUCUUAUCAACGAGUAGACUGCAUUGGUCGGGGUGGCAGCGCGAAGGUAUACCGAGUCACGGCUGAGAACGGCAAAAUGUUCGCCCUAAAGAGAGUCAACAUCGAAAAUGCCGAUGAAACUACUGUCAAGGGCUACAAAGGAGAGAUCAACCUUCUCCAGAAACUAUCCAACGUCGACCGUGUCAUCCAGUUGUUUGACUACGAACUCAACGAAGAGAAGCAAAUACUAAGCCUGCUCAUGGAGAUGGGAGAGCUGGAUCUUUAUACCCUACUGAGAAUUCGCCAGAACUCAGAAGGCUCUAAACUGGAUCCCGUCUUCAUACGAUAUUACUGGAAGGAAAUGCUCGAGUGUCUUUCAGCAGUGCAUGCACAUGACAUCGUGCAUUCCGAUUUGAAGCCGGCAAAUUUUGUUUUGGUUCAAGGGCGUCUGAAGUUGAUUGACUUUGGCAUCGCAAAUGCGAUACAAACCGACGAGACCGUCAAUGUGCACCGAGAGACGCAGGUCGGCACGCCGAACUACAUGUCUCCAGAGAGCUUGAUGGAUUCUAAUCAGUACUCAUUUACUUCUGCCAAAGGCGGGCGCUUUCCCAUUGCACAUGGUCCUAAAGGGCCCAAGCUUGUGAAGAUGGGCAAACCAAGCGACGUCUGGUCCUUGGGAUGCAUACUAUAUCAGAUGGUGUAUGGGCAGCUGCCAUUCGCACACAUUCAGAACAUGAUGGCACGCUAUCAUGCAAUCAUAAACUGGAAUCAUCCUAUCGACUUCCCCGAGAAGGGAACGGGUGCAUUUGCGGCCCACCUGUGA